UACAUGAUGGCCGCGGAGGACUGACAAGCUUGUGUUCAAGUCAGCUUUGGAAAGUCGUUGCAGAGAGAGUGAGUGAGGGAGAGAGAGCAGACAUGGGUUUAUCACAGAGCUCGAGUGCACCAGAAGGUGGAACUGACGGAUAUCAUGUUCACGGGAUUCAGGAGAACUCCCCUGCACAGAAAGCUGGUUUGGAGCCCUUCUUUGAUUUCAUCAUAUCCAUAGGGAAUAACCGACUUAACCAGGAAAAUGAUAUGCUGAAAGACCUGCUGAAGGCUAAUGUGGAGAAGCCAGUGAAGAUGGAGGUGUAUAGCACAAAGACCAUGCGAAUUCGGGAGUUGCAGGUUGUUCCCAGCAACAUGUGGGGUGGACAAGGCCUUCUGGGAGCCAGUGUCAGAUUCUGCAGUUUUCAGGGAGCUAAUGAAAAUGUGUGGCAUGUUCUUGAUGUUGAAGCUAACUCGCCGGCCGCAUUGGCUGGUCUUCAAGCACAUAACGAUUAUAUUGUCGGAGCUGAUCAGGUCCUGCAAGAUUCGGAGGAUUUUUUCUCCCUGAUCGAGGCCCAUGAGGGGAAACCCCUGAAGCUGUUGGUCUACAGCACUGAGACUGAUGUGUGCAGGGAGGUGGUGGUUACACCUAAUGGAGCCUGGGGUGGAGAAGGCAGUCUAGGUUGUGGCAUUGGGUAUGGCUACUUGCAUCGAAUUCCAGCCCAACCUGAGGGGCCGAAGUCUGGUCAAAUCAGCUCUCAAAGUUCUCCUGAACAGGAGACCCCCUCUCCAGAACUGCCUACUAAUGGAUAUACUGAGGUUUCUCUGAUGGCAGCCUCAGGACAGGCCGAAAAGAAUGAGGAGGUGAGAGAUUUGGAUUUUGACGCCCCGCUACCACCCCCAGUCCAGAGAGUCAUGGAUCCAGGUUUCUCUGACCAGUCUGAAGUGGGUAUGAUGAACUCUGAGGUGUCUGACAUGGCGGAGCGGCUAGAGUUAUCCGUUUCAUCCAUUGACAUGACGAACACUUCACUGGCGGUACAGGAAGAGAAGGACAGUGAUAUCUCUGGUGUUGAAGAGCUUGGAGAGAGUAACGUGUCUUUGUCAGCGGAAGAUCAUCCAACAAAUGAUGCUCAACAGCCAAACACAGAGCCUGCUCCAGCCAUAGACCUCCUCUCCUCUCCACCAGCAGAGCUCCAGCCUUCACCUGCAGAUAGUCCUGAGCUGUCUUCACCUCCCCAAGACCUGUCAGUCCCUCCCUUUGACCUUUCAAGCCUUGAUCCCUCUAUCCCGCCCGUUGAUAUUCAGUCUUUAAUUAAUUCUUCUCUCCAGCCCCUUGACUGUUCCCUUCCACCUGUAGACAUUUCCUCUCUGCUGAUUGACACCUCUGCUCUGCCAAUUGAGCCUUUGGCUCUGCGCACAGAGCCGUCUAUCCCUCCCACUGACCUUUCACCUUUGUUGUCUGAGGCAUCCACAGAUAAUAAUGUCAAUCAGGGCUCUAUCGAUGAGUCACAUGCCAUGAUCUCCAGCUCACAAGCCUCUAUGGAAACAGUACCAUGUGAGCAUGAUUCAUUUACUUCCAAUAACGACGAGGUUAGUGGAGAGUCCAAAGACAUAGACACUGUUUUCCAGUAGGAUCACUGUCUGUUACUGCCAAAUCAUCCUUGACCUCAGCUAUAAGGUCUCGUCAGGCUAUGUGUUGGAAUGGCUGUGCUACUGUUACACUGGGGUCUGAUUAUGUUGCUGGUUGUGCAAGAUUGAGAGUACUGGUUAAAAAGCUAUCACAAUAUUUUAUAAUGCUCAUUUUAUCAGUUAGAAUAUUUUUGAGUGGUUUGGAUGUGAAGCUUUACCCAAGAGUAUUUAAAUGAUGUGAGUGGGUCAGACUUUGAUAAGACAUUGUAUAAUUUGCAAGAUUAUUUAGCCAGAGGGUAUUUUGUUAGAACGGUCACUUAAAAUUCUUUCAGCCAUUAAUAAGUUUUAACUGUAAAAUUGAAUGGUACAGAAGGCCAAAAUGAAAACAUUAUCUUAAAGAAGAGAUGGAGGAAGAGUCGGAGGACAAUGGCUUUCUUCGACCAGAAUGGAUGAUGAGUUCUGAAAACACAGCAGCCUUGCCUUGUUUACCCUUCUAUGCAAGUUUGAUGGUCCAAUCCAGAGAGAGAGGACAUAACACAAACUGACUGGUUGUUUUAGAGGUUGCUUUAGCGUACAUGCACUACGUUACUCUACUAUUUCACAAACGCUACAGUGUGUGUGGGUGUGUUUAGUGGUUUAUAUAUAUAUUAUA